AUGGCUAACCUACAGAAAGCAGAGUUCACGUUGUCGCAGAGAGGAGGAAAACAGGUUUCUACACGGAGGUCACAACGUGCCAAAGGUUCUUCCACCAGUCCACGUACCCGUGCUGAUGUAGACCUCACAGGUUCCUGGACUGAGACAACAGACGGACAACAGUUCCUGGUUGUAGACAGCGAAGAUGAAGACAGGAUCCUGAUCUUCAGUACCGCAGAGAUGCUGGACAUCCUCGCCAAUGCAGAAACCAUCUACAUGGACGGAACAUUUUUUGUGUGUCCCAGCCUGUGGCAACAAGUCUACAUUGUGCACUGCCUUGUGGAUGGACAGAUGUUCCCAGUCGCCUUCUCCCUGCUGCCAAGCAAGUCUCGUGAUACAUACAUUAGAUUGUUUAACUACUUGAAGGACUCUGUGCUUGCUAUUGUCGGCGUUGAACUUUCUCCCUCCGUUGUACAGACUGACUACGAAGCUGCUGCUAUUGGAGCCACUGAGAGAGUCUUCCCCGAGUCUUCUUCUGCAGCACUCCCCCUCCUCCCAGUGGAUCAGAUCCAAGAUGCCUGGAUGGAAGUAUUGAACCAGUCUCCCGACGUUGACGGAAUCGGCCAGUUCAACGACUACAUCACAUCUACAUGGGUUGACUACGACGCAAGAUUCCCACCUCGCAUUUGGAAUCAACAUGGAAACACUGGGCCAAGAACAAACAAUCACUUGGAGGGAUUCCACCUGGAUUUAAGAAGCUGGUUCAGAAGCACCACCCGAACAUUUACGAGUUUGUGA